GUCAGUCGGUUAAAAUUCAUUGUUGCCUGUCCAGCCAAUCAUAGUUUUUGACGACACAAAAGAGGCUAAAGUUGGAGUAUAAAAAGGUGUGCGCUAAUAAAGUAUGAUGCCUAUCAGUGUGGGACAUUAAUCCAAACCCAGUCCAGUCCAGUCGCGCAUCAGGUCCAGCACACACUCACACAGGGAUCUCUUUUUGAAACCAAACUUGCACACCUUAAGAGACAAUGCAUCUGUCUCAGAUUGUGCUGUAUCUCAGCUUGCUGGUUGCUUUGGGUCCAGUGGUUUUGAGUGACCAAGAGACGCACCAGCAGCCGCCCUCUGCAGCCAGCCCAGGAGAGACGGAGCAGUGCGCCACCUGCGAGGUCCGGCAGCAGAUCAAAACCAUGCGAUUAAACGCGAUCAAGUCUCAGAUUUUGAGCAAACUGCGAAUGAAAGAAGCUCCCAACAUCAGCCGAGACAUCGUGAAGCAGCUGCUGCCCAAAGCGCCGCCGCUGCAGCAGCUCCUCGACCAGUACGACGUGCUGGGAGAUGACAACAAGGAUGUGGUGAUGGAGGAGGACGACGAGCACGCCACCACGGAGACGGUCAUGAUGAUGGCCACUGAACCCGCGUCCAUCGUCCAAGUGGCUGAGGAACCAAAGUGCUGCUUUUUCUCUUUUUCUCCAAAGUUUCAAGCCAGUCGAAUAGUCCGGGCUCAGCUCUGGGUUCAUCUGCGACCGGCCACCGAGGCGACCACCGUGUUCCUGCAGAUCUCCCGCCUGAUGCCGGUCACAGACGGGAGCAGGCACAUCCGCAUCCGAUCCCUGAAGAUCGACGUGAACGCCGGGCUCAGCUCCUGGCAGAGUAUAGACGUCAAACAAGUGUUGACUGUGUGGCUGCGGCAGCCGGAGACCAACUGGGGCAUCGAGAUUAACGCCUUUGAUUCCAGGGGAAAUGACUUGGCCGUGACCUCCACAGAGCCUGGAGAGGAAGGACUGCAACCGUUCAUGGAGGUGAAGGUCUCAGAGGGCCCGAGGCGUGCCAGGAGAGACGCGGGCCUGGACUGUGACGAGAACUCUCCAGAGUCCCGGUGCUGCCGUUAUCCGCUCACGGUGGACUUUGAAGACUUUGGCUGGGACUGGAUUAUUGCCCCAAAGCGCUACAAGGCCAACUAUUGCUCCGGGGAGUGUGAGUACAUGCACUUGCAGAAGUAUCCGCACACCCACCUGGUGAACAAGGCCAAUCCCAGAGGGACCGCGGGCCCCUGCUGCACCCCCACCAAGAUGUCGCCCAUCAACAUGCUCUACUUUAACCGAAAAGAGCAGAUCAUCUAUGGCAAGAUCCCUUCCAUGGUGGUGGACCGUUGUGGAUGCUCUUGAGUUGGGACGGAGAGCCUGGCGAGAGGGAGGCGAGGACGGAGGGGCUGUGGCUCAGUCCGGCCUCCGACUUCAGACUUUUUGACACAACCAAUCCACCAGUUCCAAUGCUUUCCUGCAGAACACGGAGCAAUAGAACCAGAGUAGAGGCCACAAACAGCCCGACCUUCCCGCAGGGCAGCGCUUUCACAGCCACCAUAGCUCUUACUUUUCUUUCCUCCGUCAACUGUGUCAUUUAGCCAUAGAGGCUUGAAGUCAGAUGGAUGCAGAAACAUACACACACAUGCUGGACCUUGGAGUGAAUGUAGACAGAAAUGAUCAAAGUUAUCCAAUGUCUCUGUGUUCUGUGCUGUCCAUUUAUUACCCACAUGCCGACCGAUUAUACUCGUACGCCAUCUACUCCACUCCACUCGUAGCCAACAUACAAGCUAUUACACUUUUUGCUAAGCUAUGUGUUUGUGAUAAUCAUUUUUCAAGUUAUGUUUUCAGAGUGAAACCAGGAAUCCUCAUGGACUUUUUGAAAGGGCUUGGAAAAACACAGCUGGAGACUAAAGUGAUAUUUCACACUGGUAGAACAUGAUUUAGUACACAUAGGAGUCAAUAAAAGGAUGAAAACUGGCUACAUGGCAAACCCUUAUUAACUCCUAUACAUUAUUACUGCCAUUUAUAAAAAAAAAAACAAUGCAAAAUUACUAAUUUGGAAAUCUUUCUUCUAUUUGAUCAAAUUUUAAGUUCUAAUUUUGGGCAUAAAAUCCUAAACGCAGAUGGUGACAUCAUUCCUGAGAUCCUACCGACACAAAAAUGUUCCACCAGGGUGAAGUACCACGUUAGGUCUCGACACGUCUUCAUGUACUCUACAGCAACAUACCUGACCGAGGAGCCUUCUGGCUCAGUCAUAAUCUUCACUAUCCAAACCAAACAGCCUGACCUGCCCGAUACACUUGAAUUAUUCUGAUUGUAAAUUCACAUUACUGGAAAGAAGGACUUGAACUGAAGGCACAAUGAAUGCAGCCUACAAAAUGAAAAAUGUGUUUAAGACAGAGAUUGUAUCGAGAUGUAUGGAUGUUGAGAUCAUGCUUAAACUCUUGUCUUACAAACAACACAGUUUGCACUAUGGCACACCAAUAGAAAGAAUUGGUUGCUACAAAAAGUUGUAAAAACUGAUUUUGAUAUGUUUGCUAAUUUGUAUUGUAUACAUAUGCCAUUGUUUCCAUUAGGAGUUGCCUUUCUAAAACCACCUGUUGGUAAAUGUAUAAAACCACAAGCUAGCAAGAUACAAGAUGUAAUACAGCAACUCUAUAUACUUGUUUUAACAAAUAAAGUUUCUAUCUUGUUUGUUGA